AUGGAACAUGGCGCGUGCAAUGUUGUCUACAUUGACCGGCGGGCCAACGAUGAGCAUGUGCGCAAAGAGACGCUGUCCAAGUCGCUUGUUGCGAGGACCACCACCACAGGGAAUGUAGGACAGAGCUACUUUGCGUUCGGCAAAACAUCGCCGCGUGAGGUACACGACAAUGUUGAAGCAAUAUUAUCCAUCUCCUCAGAAGUACACAUCUGCAGCACCGGCCGCGCCUGCCUACAGAAGAUCCACCAGCUCAUCGACUCCACCAAAUCCAGCAUUCCCACCUUUGUCAUAAUAGACAUACCGUACGAUGAAGAGCAGCGAAUGAAGCGCCUGUCUCGUGAACCGCGCACGCCAUCGCCUACCUCAUCGCGUCUCACACGGAUAGACACCAGCGAACCCGACGACAUCUACGCCAUGCACCUACUCACCCACAUAUCCUCCGAAAUCUCGUCGCGAAACUUCUCUAAACUUGUCGUACCUGUCGUUAUGCUCUCGGGUUUAGGUACCGAAGAGCCUUCUUCAGCUGGCCCGCUCCCGUCGCCCGGUCUGCAGAUGUCGUUUUCGCUCGGCGAUACUGUUCGAUUGACUCGAUACCUGGAUGCCGGUGCCGUCGACGUUCUGACAAGUCCCAUGUCAAGAGAUCGCAUGCUUGGCUUGGCCGUUCACGCCUAUCGGUUGCAGAAGGAGUUCUCAAGAGAAGAAGCAAGCUUCCUGACUACUAAGAGAAACCGGAAGCUGUCUUGGGUCGGUGUCGAUGAUACCAAGCCAUACGCCUAUCUUCGGGAGGCCAUGGUGUCUAAUCUGAUGACUGGUAUCUGUAAUCCCGAAACAGUAGGUGAUUCACUCGAAUCUACGGACUUCCAUCUUGAUGAAGAUCGCCAAAUGAUCGUUGAAGCUGCGGUAGGCACUUGGGCCUUCUCAGCGCACGACUUCACCGACGAUGAGCUUCUUUAUGGUGCCUUUGUCAUGCUGAAGCAUGCACUUCAAAUGCCUGAAUUGGAGAAGUGGGCGAUAACUGAAGAUGAGAUGAUCGUCUUUCUCUUGGCUAGUCGUACCGCCUACAACGAAUUCGUCAAGUACCACAACUUCCGUCACGUUGUCGACGUCCUCCAAGCUCUUUUCCACUUCCUCGUCCGAAUCGGCACUCUACCUCCUUACCCAUCGGCUGCCUCCAGCAUUUCCGCUCCGAAAUCACCAAUCGCUGAGCUUCUUAAGCCUUUUGAUGCGCUUACGCUAUUGAUAUCAGCCAUCGGACAUGAUGUCGGUCAUCCAGGAGUCAACAAUGCUUUCCUCGUCGCAUUGAACGCUCCACUCGCUCAACUCUACAACGACCGCUCCGUCCUAGAAUCCUUCCACUGCGCUGCCUAUUCUCAGAUAUUACGCCGCUACUGGCCAAGAGCGUUUGCUGAUGCUGCGAUGCGCAAACUCAUGAUCAACAACAUACUUGCGACCGACAUGGGUCUCCAUUUCAAAUACAUGAGCGACUUGGGUAAUCUACAGCAGAAGGUUGCGCAUGACAAAGGAGUAGUUGACGGAUGGAGCGCUAAAGUACAGGAAGAACAGAAAGAUUUGACUUGUGGGCUUCUGAUCAAGUGCGCAGAUAUCUGUAAUGUGGCGCGGAAGUUUGAGACCGCAGCCAGAUGGGCCAAUAUUCUUACGGACGAAUUCAGCAACCAAGGACUUAUGGAAGAGGAGCUAGACAUGCCGUCUUGUUUGUUCGGCGGCCCACCCGUACGAGAGGACACUAUCAAGCUUGGUGAAUCCCAGAUCGGCUUCAUGAAUAUCUUCGCUAGGCCGCUGUUCGAGGCUGUCACAGACAUCCUACCUGCGAUGCGCUUCGCUGUCGACGAGAUCCUGACCAACAAGGCUGUUUGGGAGAAAAAGAUUGAUGAAGAACGUCAGAAGAAGAGGAAAAACAAGAGUAUGAAUCUUGGACUUCUCACACCUGGCUUUGCCAUCGAUCCAACUCCGAGUCCACUGUCUGGUGGGGGUAGCGGACACACUGUGAAGAUACCGCUGAGUGCGAUCAAGACCAUCUCUCCAGAAGAAGCCGCCCGCCGAGGGUCGACCGGCUCUAUACGCUCCAUUCCAGCCGCGUCUGACUCACGAAGAUCCUCUUCAAUUAUCGACAAGAGCUCACGCCGAUCUUCGACGACCGCUGUCCCUGGCCAAAGAGCUAUGAGCUCUGCUGAAAAUGCCACAUCGUCAAGACGAGGUAGCAGGGACCCCAGUCUCACUGCAAUUCUGGUAACACAAACACCAAACGCAUCGGACCCGAAAGGACAAUCUCCGGGUUCCGAAGAUCGGUCAAAGACUGAUCGUAAGGAUACUUUGACACGGUCGUCAUCACCAAAGAAGGACGGUGUUAGACCGGUCACAGCUCCUUCCCAGGCCAGACGCAGUCAAGUUCUUGAUCCUUACCCUGCGCAACAACCGACGUCGCAAAGUCACUCCCAGGUCGAUCUGUCGCAAACUGCCAAUGGGAACUACGAUGGCUCAAAGUUGCAACAAUGGGACUCACACAACAAGUUGAGCGCUGACAGUAACGCAACACGCUCCGAUGUGUCGCGUGACUCGAGCUGGUGGCGACAUGUGAGCACAAAGCGACGCACUCGCGAUGUUAGGAACGGCGAUGCAGAUGGACGAGCUCCGCUGAAGGAAGUAACACCCGAUUCUCUGGCGCCUCCGAACCCUGAUUCGACUACCACAUCACCCACUUGCUCUAGUCCCGGCAGGAAGACGACAACGGGCAAGAUCAUGAGCUUUUUCAAGCGAAAGCCCAGCCACAAGGAGCCGGAUAAGCAACUUUCCAGCUUCGGUAGCUCCUCUCAGUUGCGAACACCACAGACGAGCGAUCCCGGGCGAUCACUCUACAGCGACGAUUGA